AUGGUCGAUAAAAGUUACAUUGUUUCACUUCUCGGUUGUGCCAAUCUAAUUGAACUAACAUUGCUGACUGGUGGCUUUAUUGCUGUUUGUGUAGCAUCAACAGGAUACGGUCAACUUGUCGAUUCUUCUUCUAAUCUUAGUCAGACUAAUAAUGCUGAUUUAACGAUAUUUUAUGAUAUUAGUGUUUACACGAUAAAACAAGCUGACCAAGGCAUUUUAAUAACAAUCUUUCUUUUGACAUUCUGUUCACUAUUUGCUCAUAUUAUAUUUGCUUUUCGCUAUCGAUAUUCUUGGCAUCGUCUAUCGACUGUGGUAGCUUUCCUAUGUGUUAUCUACGCAUUUGCAAUACUUGUUAUAUCUAUACUUGUUGCUUGCUGGGAAGAUAAAAUGAGAAAACGAUUAACGAAUUCCUAUGCCACAAAUUCGAUUCUCUCAACAUCAAAUGCUUCAAUCAAACCACAGAUUGGUUCAGCAGCAGCUGCAGCUACAUUUGGCUUUGCAGCAUGUCUUGCUUAUCUUGCCGAAGCAUUGAUACGAUUUCGACGUCUAGCAGACAAGAUUCAAACUUGA